AAACAACGUUCAUGUGACCUUGAAGCAAGCAGGAUUGAAGCUGAAUAGUAAUUAUUAUGAUAAAGUUAGCAGUUUUAAACUUCAAGUUAUAGCCUAAUUUCCGGCUCAUCGUCAGUGCCUCGAAGUGUUGACUUCAGAUUCAUUUUGUGCACCAGGUUAGUGAGACUGUAGAGUCUAUGAAAGGUUAUCACCUUAGUAAUUCGAAUUACUACAAGGUAAUCGUAAACCGGCUGUCAUUCACUUUUGGCAUACUUUGGAAGCUUCGGGGAAGACCCUAACUAAAGAUUUAUGGCAUUUAGUUACAACCUUAGCUUAUUCGAUUAGGACUUAAAUGUGCACGUUGUAAUUUGGUAAUGUUUCUUCCAAGUAGAACAAUAAAUUAAUAAAACUGUGUUGCUCCUCAUCCCUAACAACGGAUGGAGCAGACCACAUUUAAGUGGCCGCUCAUUAAGAUCACAGAACUGGACAUGCGAGUAUAUCAUUUUUAGCUUUUAUAUAUCGGUAACUUGUUGAACAGCUAAAGAUAAAGCAAUCUUAUAAAUGAAUACUAAAUAAAUAUAUAGGUGUGUUAAAUCUGGGAAGGAAGCUCAAAAUUCUAAAAUUUUAAAUAGCAUAAUAUCGCGGAAAAUGUUAUUACUUUAGAGUUCUACGUCGUUACCUGGGUGAGAAAACAAACUAAUUUUAUAUUGACUUAGUAUUCUUUUCUUUAUUUCAGGAUACGAUUUGAGUUUCCUUGUAUCUUUAUUGCAGAGAUGUACUGUGUUGAUGGUUAAGAUUUCAACGAAAGCACACGUGAAUACUAAUUUUUUAUACUCACUAACCGUACACAUUUUUGGGUCAGCAGACUGUAAGCUACAUCUCUUCGGCUUUCCAAAAUCGAAAUUCGUUUAACAUAGAUAACAAAAUUUCUAAACAUACCAAUUCCCUGUGUAUUGUUCAAAAUGUAACAAGUCAUACUACGUUAUUCUGUUGGCUACUCAAACCAAGGCAGUUAGCAAGGUUUGAACUCAUCUUUUAGUGAUUGAAAGCAAAGUAGUUGUUUGCACUUCGAUACGAAUGAGGUCAAAAACGCGUUUCAAGUUGGUUUUAACGAGUCGAAUCUGCGGUUUUGGUCUAGUUUAAAAGCAAUCUUUAGGUGCGUUUCAUACAACGCGGAAUAAUUUCCAUUUUGAUGACUGACUGAUUUAGAUAUGUUUACCAUAUGUUAGUCUGCAACUAAAUUCAAUAGGCUAAAAUUGGGAUUAGUUAUCGUAAGGUUUUAUGGGAUCAUAAUUAAUGUGUAAUGUGUUGUCUUAGUUUCACGAUAUGAGCAACAGGAAAGUCUCAGUUACCCUAAGUAGCAUUUCAGCGCAUAAGUCCUGUUUUGUAUUAUUCGGUAAAUUGGUUUUCGUUGUGUGCAUGGUGUGAAUUCUUUGAUUACUUUUGAAUCUUUUGUUUUUUAGUAUUUUAUUGGAUAAAAUGCGUAAUCAAUCGACUCUAGCUGAAAAUGUUGUUAUCAUUGAACCUGGUUCCUUUCAUCUACGCAUUGGUCGUGCUUUAGAAACCUCACCUAAAAAAUUUCCGCACUGCAUCGCUCGUAAGCCCAAACCAAAUGUUCCACCUUGUGUUGAACCAAUCAUUAAUCGAUCUAAGCUUAACGGUGGAUCGUCUUCAUUUCAAAAAUCUGUGAAUUCAGUUAGGUCGUGUGUGAAUACACUAUUCAAUUUGAACUAUUCACCAGAAACAGUUAAAUUACCUACUAUCAUUCCGUGUAAACUAGAAGUUAGUGAGUUUGAAGAUGCCAAACUUUUUGAAUGGGAGAAUCAGACGCCUCCAGACCAGGAGUUUUAUGCUUUGAAUGAAGCUUUCAGUCGAGGUUUCAAAGACGGUUAUCAUAUUAGUUGGCCUAUGCGUUAUGGAUUUCUUUCACCCUCUGCUAAUUACACUGCUGUACUUCAAGAUUUAGAGGAUAUUUGGGUUACAGCUUUAGAAAAACAUGUUGGGAUUCCGCGAUCAAAUAUUACUAGUUACAGAGCAAUACUUAUAAUCAGUGAUGUGUAUAAAAGAAAUGAGAUACGUCAUUUGGUUCAUUUAUUACUGAAUAGAAUGAAAUUUGGUCGUGUUUUUGUGCAUCAAGCUAGUGUAUGUGCCACCUAUGGUAUUGGUUUACCUACAGCUUGUGUUAUCAAUGUGGGGGAGCAGAAAACUAGUGUGUGUUGUGUCGAAGAUGGAAUUGCUCAUGCAGAAGCUCGUGUUACCUUACCAGUUGGUCGAAGCGACGUUCUAAGAGUAUUCCAUUCACUUGCAUUACCUAGUGGUUUUCUUAAUAAAGAUGGUUGUAUUGUAGAUUUAAAAUAUGAACAUCUUUCUGAUGUAGAAGAUUUACGCACACUUAUGGAAAAUUCAAUUCAAUGUUCAGUGAACGUAUUAUGUCAACUAAGCGAAACAAUAAAGUUGAGUGAAGAGGCCCAAUACAACUCUUGUCAAUCUUCAACAAAACCUGAUUAUAAUAUAGCAUUUCAAUGGAUACAAAAGCAGGAGCAAUAUAAUAUCUCAUGUCUUCAUAUAUCUACAAUCUUAUUAUCUUAUAUCCUCCCUUUUGCUUGUAUUUCUACAACUAUUCCACCAAAAGAAGGCUAUUGUACAUAUCAGUUAUCUUCACUUCAUUCUUCAGAACCAGAUGAUCCUUUUGAUGAUUUGUAUAUAUCUCUUACUGCACGUGAACGGCGAAAACGUGGUUUACACAAUGAACAAUCGACAGCUGUACCUACAGAACAACCAGAAGUAGAGAUAGAUGUUACUGAACAAGUGCCUUCAGUGGCUAAUCUUAUCUUGCAAAAACCCAGUUUUUUCGAAUCACUCCCAGAAGCAGUUUGGUGGAGUAUCAACCAGUGUGCAAGCUUUGUAGGCUCUCAGAUAAGUCCGGAGGCGAUUGCACAGACCUCUAGUUCCACACUGGGAAGACCCCUACAAAAUUCAAGUACAGUGGGUGAUGAGAUUCGUCGACGUCUAUUGGGGUGCAUAAUCUUGACUGGUGGAGGUGUAGCUGGGGUUAGCAACCAGAUUAUGGAAAGAUGGUUGACCGAAAGAUUGACGGCAAUUGCAAGAGAAAGGCAAGCAACAACAACCGGACCUAGUCAUAUACCAACAGCUGAAAUCAUCCACCACCCGGAUCCUGCAAAUCUUCCAUGGUUUGGAGCUAGGCUACUUCUUACGACUGAUUUGCUAAAUGACUUAUGGCUAACGCCAAAUGAGUGGAACCGUUUUGGUUCAAGAGCACUUCGUGAGAAAGCGCCUUUCCUUUGGUGAGCUAUAAUUACAUACAUUCUGUAAUUUUUCUCAGUUGUUGUUAAUAAACGUAAUAGAC